GCACCCCGCUGCAUUAUGUCGUAGCAGAGGGGUGGUCUGCUCUUCUCAUGUCGUUGCCUCGUUAUCUGUUUGGGAAAAUACCGUCUAAUGAAAUCGAGUGUCUGUUACGGUUGGGCGGAUCAAUCAUCCGAUACCGAUCGGCUCUGGCUGCGUGAAAUAGGGAAUGAACGACGAGACAGCAUCGGACAGCUGGAACAGAAACUCCGGGUGCUCCAGGUGUGAAGCUAAGCUAGUAUAGCACAUCGGCUAGCGAAGGGGACAGUGGUAUGAAGCCACAACGUAGCUAGCUGUACUGCUUUUAAUCUGGGACACCCGACAUUUCGUUUAUAUAAACUCUGUUAGCAUUAGAAUAAGUUCCUACCUGUGUGACUACAAGAGAUCCGGUUUACAGCAUUAUAAAGUGUCAUUGAUUCGUCUUCAAUCUGGUCAAGAAUUGCCUAUUUGGUCAUUGAUUAAAUCACAGUUGCUGUCUGUACAAGUGAUUUUGUACGGCACUGCACAACACAGUAGACCUCGUUUGAUCAAAGUUAUAGAAGCAUCUGUCAAUGCAUCACAACACAUUUCAGCAGCACCACAAACUGCAGCCUCGGAUCUGAACGUAGAGUAGAAUCAACACAUUCCUACAACUGAACACUAACUUUUAUCAAGAUUUUGGAGUUGAGCUGCUGAGAUUUCCGUUGCCACAAUAUGAAGGAGUAUUGAGCAAAUGCUGGCCGUGAAUCCCGGAAAGACGCCCAUCAGUCUGCUGCAGGAGUAUGGAACGCGGAUAGGCAAGACCCCAGUGUACGACCUGCUGAAGGCCGAGGGACAGGCCCACCAGCCAAACUUUACUUUCCGCGUUUCCGUCGGAGAGAUCAGCUGCACCGGCCAAGGGCCCAGCAAGAAGGCAGCCAAGCACAAAGCAGCCGAGGCUGCUCUGAAAAUGCUCAAGGGAGGUCUUGGAGGUCCCGUUGAAGUUGGAGUCGGAGUCGGAGUCGAAGUCGAGGGUAUUGUUGCGGUUGACGUGUCCGCUGAUGGGGACAGCUCCCAGUCAGAGAUGAAGACCUCAGGCAGUUCUCAGCAGUCUGAAUGUAACCCCGUGGGGGCUCUGCAGGAAUUGGUGGUGCAGAAAGGAUGGCGUUUGCCAGAGUACACAGUCACCCAGGAGUCUGGUCCAGCACACCGCAAGGAGUUUACCAUGACCUGCAGAGUGGAGAGAUUUGUGGAAAUCGGAAGCGGAACCUCCAAGAAACUAGCCAAGAGAAAUGCAGCAGCUAAGAUGUUAUCGCGUAUACACGACGUCCCAGUCGACCUGAGGACUAGCAACGACGCUGACGUGGAAGAAGACACGUUCAACAUGCACAUGGGGAGCAAAGCUGAGACGGGCAAAAGUAAAGGCUUCAGUUGCACCUGGGACUCACUGCGUAACUCUGCUGGAGAGAAAAUCCUCCAGCUCCGCAGCCACCCUCUGGGCACGCCCACGGACUCCAACUCCUGCUCGCUGCUGAGCGACCUGUCCACGGAGCAGCGCUUUGACGUCAGUUACCUGGAUCUGGAGGAGCGCAGUCUGAGUGGCUUGUGCCAGUGUCUAGUGGAGCUGUCCACGCAGCCAAUCACAGUGUGCCAUGGAUUUGCUCCGAGCAUCGACGCCGCUCGGGCCAAUGCGGCCCACAAUGCACUACAGUACCUCAAAAUCAUGGCUGGAGGGAAGUGACGUCGUCUUCCUCCUCAGACUCUCUUCUGCCAGGAUGCAUUUUCUUCUCCGGACAACAGAGGCACUUUUUUUGAUGAAUUUAAAACAACGCGAAUUACCUCAAAUGUGGAAAUAUCGACUUUUUCUUUCCCCAAAUUGACUCCCGGAGCCACAUGGAUUUCUUAUUGUUCCAGAUGAAGAUUUAGUUGCCCAAAAACUCAUGCACCCUUCUCUUUGACAUUUAGCAUAUUUGUCACAAAUUAUUUUUUUCAGCAUUUUUCAGUCUAUUUUUGUUGGCCAGGCAUCCAUACGCGGUCCUUUAUCCCAAAUCAUAAAUGGGGCUCUCGCAGCGAGUUUCAAAAUCACUGCAGACAAAUUUUGAUGCAACAGACGGUCAAAGGAGUUUGUAGAAAUUGGGCGGUGGAAUCGACAUUUAUUGGUGCUUCGUUUAUGCCCACAUCCAGGAUGGAUAAAAGGAAGAAAGAAAUUCCAGCCAUGUGCUGAAACGUGGAGAGAAAAGGACUCUGAAUAGAUAAUUAUUUUAAAGACUGCCCUGUUUUCCGAUGAGAUUGUAUGAGAAAAUCUGUUUUUUUGUUGUAUAUUAAAAUGGCCCUCAGCCACGUAUUUUUGGGGGGACAUUUUUCAUAAGGUUUAAAGUGUUUGAUAUUCACUUUUCUAAACACUGCCAUCACAGAGUAGAAAUGGUGAGAAGAAAACCCAGAUCAAGGAAAAUGAAUGAUCCAUGAAUUGUGAACGAUUCUUUCUACUGAGUAAUAGAGAAAGUACUCACACUGUGUCUUUUUAACUGUUAGCAUAAUUCAAAAUACAGACACGAAAAGAGGAAGAAAAAGUACUGUGAAUCUUCUGCAUUCUUGUUACUUUUGACUUUCAAUAUCACCGACCAAACAAAGAACCUACCACAUUUUAUGUGGUCUCGAUGCUUGUGACCAUCAUGCCUGGUAUUGUUUGAUAUUUAAUCUAAACCCACGUGACUUUUUUUCGUUUCUGUACAUCUCUCCCACCUUUUGGGAGUUUGAUGUUACCCUCAUUCUCUAAAAGGUCAGAUCUGCAUUUUGUUUUUCUGAUCACGAAGUAAGGAACCAUUGCUGGGAUAUUUCGUGGGGUUUUUGUCGCUGACAUUGACGUUUAUGUUGACAUUAAUACAUUUGAGUCGUGCAAGUAGAAACUGUUUUUAUGAACUAAAAUGUGAGCUCCAGUGAUUAAAUUACCGUUUAAAUAAACUUUCCCACACAUUA